UUAAAUUAUUAACCAAUACAUAUGCUUAUUUAUAUGAUUAUAUUGGAUCUAUCAGAAAUAACCAAUCAUUUACAUUUCUUUUUCUAUGUGCUUUCUUUUUAGUUGUGCACAAUUGCCAAGAUAAUAUAAAUUUAAAAUUUGACAGAUAAAUUGCUCCACGUGUUUCAACCAAAACUUUUUGUAAUAAUGGUUUAUUAUUUUACAAGUGAAGUUGUGCAACCACCUGUAACGUUAUUUAUGGGGGUUGAUCAAUAUGAAAAUGAGGAUCUUAUUAGAUGGGGAUGGCCAGAAGAUGUUUGGUUUCAUGUUGAUAAAUAUUCUUCAGCACAUGUAUACCUUCGUCUUCAUCUUGGGCAAACAAUAGAUGAUAUACCUAGUGCAGUUUUAGAAGAUGCUGCACAAUUAGUAAAAGCAAAUAGUAUUGAAGGAAGUAAAAUGAAUGAUGUUGAUGUAGUAUAUACAAUGUGGUCAAAUCUGAAAAAAACACAAGGAAUGGAAAUAGGAGAAGUUGGUUUCCAUAGAGAUAAAGAUGUUCGAAAAAUUCAUGUUACAAAACGAAUAAAUACUAUUAUUAAUCGAUUGAACAAAACUAAACGUUCAGAGCAAAUAAAUUUAAGAGCAGAAAGAGAACAACGAGACAAAAAUGAACGAGAAGAAAAAGAACUUUUAAAAGAGCAAAAGGAAAGAGAAAAAGCAGAAGAAAAACGGAGAAAGGAAGAAGCAGAAAUGAGGAGUUAUAAUUCUUUAUUUAAUACAUCUAAUAUGACAUCAAAUACAGAAAAUAGUGGAUACGAUUCAGAUGAUUUUAUGUGAUUAAAUUAUUAAUAUUAUUUGUGAUUUCUGUGCCUAUAAUUUGGAGUAAUAGAGAAAUAUAUUUAAAACAAAAAUUAUAUAUAACUUCGAAAUUUAAUUCGGUUAAUUAUUUAAAAAAAAAUAAGAAAAUAUUGAUCUUUACAAAAAUUUAAAACAAAGUAAUGAAAAUUAAUAAAAUUUUAUAAAACUCAAUUAAAAUAUACAUAAAUUUUGCAUAAGUUGCAAAACUAUAUUAAUUUUAACAUUGAAAUUUUUUUCAAUUUACAUAUUAAAUGUAUAUUAAUAAAUAAAUUAAUUAGAAAUAUCUUAAUAUAUAAGUACUUAUUUUGUAUAAGAUAUUCAUAAGUGAUAAUUUAUGUAUUGAUAUUAUCAAUAAUUAAAAUUAAUUAUUAUAAAAUAUACCAAAUAUUUUUUAUUUAUUUCUGUAAUAUAUAUGU